AUGUCAGAAUCCGAAGAUUCAAGUUUCCUGGACGGUACAUAUUUGAGUAUCGCUCAAGAAACUCAAGGGCACUACCUCGUUGGGAUAACACCACAAAAAUUUCUGGACACGUUCUUACCAUGGAAGAAUUCCAUACCAGAAGAACUUCCGGAUGCCGAGCGAGUAUUACUUUUAAAAUCAGUCCCGACUAUCAAGGGAAAUGAAGAAGAAGAUACAAUGUAUAGGCCAUUUGUCGAAGCACUCAAUGGAUGGGUUACUGGAACAGACAAUAACCAACCUCUGGUUUUCAAGCAUUUCAACAAACCAGACAAGUUGUGCGGUCACCUCAACGUUGAUGUCGCUACCUACUGGUUGAAAGACGUUCCAUCUAACUCGACAUUAUUUUCGCACCAGCAAACUCAUGAAGUGUUCAAACCCAGUUGUCGAUACGACGCGUUUGAACACGCCCUUGAUGAGGGUCCGGGAAAUGAUGAAGAAAAGAAAGACAGUGAACAAGCUGAUAGUCCACGAGUAUCAGGAGAGUCUGAAAUGGUCACUGACGAUAGAUUCACGGAAGCCAAGGCUGAGGAAAAGCUGUCCAAGCUGAAUAUAGGCGUUGAAAAGGACACCAAAAUCGCCAACCAAACCCUUGGUCAAAUUGCGGCAUCUGCUGGUGUUGCGUUAUCCAUGACAUUUAGAAAUCAUUUUUUCUCAUUGUUGAUUCUUGGGAAAUACGCCCGCUUUAUUCGCUGGGACCGUAGGGGAGCCAUUGUCACCCACCGUUUCGACUACACCGCUUCCCCGGCCUUGAUUUUCAGCUUCUAUUGCCGAUAUGGACAUAUGACUCGUGGGGAAAGAGGUUUUGAUACCCACGCUGAACCAUGGCAAGGCGAACUCCCAAAAAAUGUAUGCGAGGCAUUCGAUGCUUAUUACCAACGGUCAUGGCAUGCGGGGUCUCAUUUCAACCAUCGGCCUCGCAAGAAGGAGCUUGUUUCCCCGGCUUCCAAGCAGCAAUUUUUUACUUUGACAGUCAAAGACAGCAAGCCUGGUUCUGUGGGGAACCAACGUGAAGAAGUAUAUUUUGUUCCUGCUCCUGCGUACAGGAAUGCAUUCACAUCCCCAUUCUCUCGUGCGUCUAAGCGAUGCUUGGCUUACUUCGAUUCUGUACAUGAGAAGGAUCGGCAAAUGUGUUUCUUAAAAGACUCAUGGCAAGACCCAAGCACGCGAUCAGCGCCAGAGGCCGAUAUCUACCGCAGGCUACAUGCGAAAGCUGUUGAAAAUAUAGCUUCGAUGCGCCUGGGCGGUGACGUAGAAGGGCUCGUCACCGUUACUCAAGAUUGGUUUCACGUCCUUUCGCAUAGUGGACGGUACAAAAAGUUUGGCCACUUGGUCUGCCAUCGUCUCGUCUUGAACACUGUGGCCCGUGAUCUAUCAACUUUUGUAUGGUGCAAAGUUUUGUUGUCUUGUAUUGCUGAUGCUAUAGAAGCUGCCCAGCAAGCAUACAAGGCUGGGGUUUUGCAUCGUGAUAUAAGCGCGACCAACGUGAUGAUUGUCAGGAAUAAUGAAACUGGUGAAUGGAAAGGAAUACUACUAGAUUGGGAUAUGUGUUUGCUCUGGGAAACACAAGAUGGGCAUCAUCAGCGAGCGGGGACCUGGCCUUUUAUCGCUGCCGAACUUCUGAUGUACCGAGAGCCAGGUGAAGCACCAGCGGUCCAGUCAUUAUGGCACGACAUGGAAUCCUUCUUUUGGGUUCUUGUAUAUCAAGCUUUGAGUUGUCUCCCUCACAAUCUUUCCCCAGAACUAUUGUCUUACCGAAUGAAAAGACUAUUCUUUGAUUACUUGUGCGAAGAAGAUGGAAAAUUCUAUGGAGGAAAUGACAAAGAAAACGCGCUCUCCUUUUGCUCUCUGAAACUCUCCCGCAAGAAGAUCGCUACGUUCACCAUUUCUGGACUCAACAAAUUUUUGGAAACUGUUGGUCAUCUCCUCAAUUCUCGGUAUGAAGAGGAAACACAACUUCCCGACUGUGAUCUGAACAACCCGGAUGACAAAUGGUUGACCAGCCUUCUUCGAUCAACUGCAGAUGCCAUGGCGCCCAUGAAUAUCACACGUACCGCUCUGGCGUCGCCUACAAAUGAUUCUCGACCUCCAGCAGAUAAAGCUUUGUGGAAAACUGCGAAUAUCUCUGCAGCCCCUGCUGAUUUGCUCAUCGUGGCUUGGCAUUCUCAAGGGAUGCCUUUCCUGUCAAAAUCAAAGGAGCUUCAAAACCGUCAGUCCUAUGCAAUCACAAGCUCAAUUAUGAACUACAUAGAUGGCCUCCAUGGUAGUCAUAAUAAUAAACGUGCCCACGAAGAUAUUGACGAAUCUGCCAGCGUCACAAAAAAGACUGUCAUUGAAUUGACCAAGAAGUCAAGGCGCCCUUAA